GGUUAUGGAGAAGUAUAACCAGUAUAAUUUGCUUCAAUUUUCUUGAAGUAACCUUCAAUGGUCGACCUCCGAACACGUCCUUCCUUCUCCGAUGAGGCUGUUAGGGUUUACGAGGAGGUUCGAUGGAAACUACACUAUCAAAACCCUAGUCAAUUCACACUUGUUCGAGUCCUCGCGAAAAAGGGCUUUACAUUCAGACUCCAACUACUUCAACGGCCACGAUUCGAUCUUGCCGGUUCUGAUCGUCGGUGCUGGCCCUGUUGGACUCGUUCUCUCUAUACUCCUCACCAAAUUAGGGAUCAAAUGUGGAGUUUUGGAGAAAAGCAAGACCUUUUCUAAUCAUCCACAAGCACAUUUUAUCAACAAUCGGUCUAUGGAGGUGUUCCGCAAAUUGGAUGGACUGGCAGAGGAGAUCCAAAAGUCCCAACCACCAGUAGAUUUGUGGAGAAAAUUUAUAUACUGCACGUCACUCUCUGGUUCUAUCCUCGGGUCAGUAGACCAUAUGCAACCUCAAGAUUUUGAGAAAGUUGUUAGCCCAGUCUCUGUUGCGCACUUCUCACAGUACAAACUAACCAGGUUACUACUAAAGCAGCUUGAAAACCUCAACUUCCAUGUUCAUACUUAUGAAGGGUCCAAAGGUUUCAAUCAUGGGCCCAUCAGAGAAAGGGAGAUAUUAAUUGGGCAUGAUUGUGUAUCUAUUGAUGCCACUGAUCGUAGUGUUACUGUGACUGCAUCUUUUCUGAAGGAAGGAAAGUAUGUGGAGAAAAACAUCGAGUGUGGUAUCCUUGUUGGUUGUGAUGGUGCUGGAAGUACAGUGAGAAAGCUUGCUGGAAUUGAUUUGACAGGUGAAAAGGACUUGCAAAAGCUUGUCAGUGUCCAUUUUGUGAGCCGAGACCUUGGGUGGUACCUACUCACUGAGAGACCUGGAAUGCUAUUUUUUAUUUUUAAUACUGAAGCUAUAGGGGUUCUAGUUGCUCAUGAUCUCAAGGAAGGAGAAUUUGUAUUUCAGAUACCAUACUAUCCACCUCAGCAGAAGCUUGAGGAUUUCAACUCUCAGAUGUGUGAGAGGCUAAUCAUCAAAUUGGUUGGCCGAGAGCUUGCAGACAUAGAUGUGAUUGAUAUAAAGCAAUGGGUGAUGCAUGCCGAAGUCGCUGAGAAAUUUGUGUCCUUUGACAACAGGAUAAUUCUUGCUGGUGAUGCCGCUCAUCGUUUUCCUCCAGCUGGUGGUUUUGGAAUGAAUACUGGCAUCCAGGAUGCUCAUAAUCUUGCCUGGAAAUUGGCUGCUGUAGUAAAGGGUAUUGCUCCAUAUUCGAUUCUCCGCACUUACGAAAUGGAGCGUAAGCCGAUUGCUAUUUUUAAUACGGCACUUAGUGUUGAGAAUUUCAGAGCAGCCAUGGCGGUUCCAGCAGCACUUGGUCUUGAUCCAUCCGUUGCAAACUCAGUACAUCGGGUUAUUAAUAGUGGGGUUGGUUCCAUAUUGCCAUCUGAACUGCAGAGGGCAAUUUUAGAUGGAAUUUUCACCCUAGGUCGUGCACAGCUCUCAGAUUCUGUUCUGAAUGAAAAGAAUCCACUUGGAUCUUUGAGACUUGCUAGACUGAGGCGUAUAUUUGAAGGAGGACAGAGCCUUCAACUCCAGUUCCCUGCUGAGGAUCUUGGUUUCAGGUACAUUCAAGGGGCAAUCGUUCCUGACAGUGAAAGUGUCUCAAAUGCACCAGAAACACCUACUGGUCGCAGGCGGGACUAUGUUCCCCGUGCAGAUCCAGGAUCAAGGCUGCCUCAUAUGAAUGUUAGGGUAUUAUCAAAACCAUCAAGUGAGGAGACAUUUUCUACGCUGGAUCUUGUAUGUGGAGAUAAAAUUGAGUUUCUUCUUAUCGUAGCACCAUUGGAGGAGUCAUAUCAUCUAGCUCAUGCUGCAUUCAACGCGGCGGAGAAAUUCAAAGUCUCUGUCAGGGUGUGUAUAAUGUGGCCAGAUGGUACCGAUUGUGGGGUUGUAGGAAGUAAGACAGAAUUGAUACCUUGGGAGAAUUACAUAGAUGUCAAGGAAGUUAAGCAGGCAUCGACUUCAUUGUCGUGGUGGGAUACCUGUCAGAUGACAGACAGAGGAGCUAUUCUAGUUAGGCCUGAUGAGCACAUUGCUUGGCGUGCGAAUUCCAGAGUUACUGGUGAUCUUAAUUUGGAGAUGAAAAAUGUUUUUUCUGCUGUGCUAGGAUUGUAUUCAAUUCACAUAUGAGGAAUUAUAUUCAUACUAUUGGUGAUAAAGGUAUUUUAAGAGGGAGAACUUUAUUGGUUGCAUCUCAUGAAGAAACCUACAAGAUAUUCUGGUUAGUGGUACGGUGGCCUGAAAAACAGAAUCUUUCUCCCCGCAAAGAAUUCCCACGAUGUUUUGGGGUUUUUGGGAGACUCGUACUCUUUACCUUUUGCUUUGAAAAGUACGGAGAUACCACUAGGUACCAUGCUUUGGUGCUCUUUCUGGUUUUUUGUC